AUGGCUAAUGCAAGCCUGACAACGUCUUCGGUUGAGCAGUUCUUUGUCGUUGGCUUUCCAGGAUAUCAGGACCACGAAAGCAAACUUCUAAUUUCUGGUAUAUUCUUGAUUGCCUAUCUUUUAAUUUGGCUGGGGAACCUCAGCAUCCUUAACACAUUUAUGCUGAAUAAAAACCUACACAAGCCCAUGUAUGUUCUGAUUUGCACUCUGGCUGUUUUAGAUAUUACUUUUUCAUCUGUUACAAUUCCGAGAAUACUGGCUGUUUUAAUGUUCGAUGCCAGCAUGAUAUCGUUUACUGCUUGUUUUGCUCAACUUUUUCUUUUUCAUUCUGUAGGAAGUUCACAGUCCUUUCUCUUAAUGCUGAUGGCAUAUGACAGAUUUGUGGCCAUCUGUAACCCCCUUCUGUACCCCACCAUUAUGACCAACCGAUUCCUCCUAAAGCAGAUCGCUCUGUGUUGGCUUGGCGGGUUCACUACGCUCAUUAUUCCACUCGUUUUGGCUCUCAGGCUGCCCUUCUGUGGCCCUAAUAAAGUCAGGCAUCUCUAUUGCGACCACAGCUCUGUAGUCAGACUGGCUUGUGCUGACAUUUCAAUUAACAGCUAUGUGACUUUGACCAUCGGUCUGUCUGUUAUGUUCAUUGCCUUGGCUUACAUUGUGUAUUCAUACAUACACAUCAUUAAAUCUGUGCUCAAAAUUGCCAGCUCCGAAGGACGCGCCAAGGCCUUCUCAACCUGUGGGACACACCUGGUGGUAAUUUUUAUCUUUAUUUUCACUGCCGUUGGUGUUUACAUUUCAUAUCGGAUCCCGGGAACCUCUGAAGAUGUGCGCAUAAUGAUUACGGUGCUGCAGAACAUAAUUCCACCAUUACUGAACCCUGUUAUAUACUGCCUGAGGAAUAAAGAGAUUAGAGACAGCUUUAUCAAAAUUGUAAAAAGGUGUAAAAUAUCACCAUAG